AGCCAGGCAACAUGGCCGACCUGGGGAAGAAGUACUGCGUGAACUGCCUUGCAGAUGUUACAAACCUGCGGCUUCGCUGCACUGACUGCCCCGAUAUCGAGCUGUGCCCGGAGUGCUUCUCGGCGGGCGCAGAAAUAGGUAACCACCGGAGAUGGCACGGCUACCAGCAGGUCGACGGCGGUCGGUUCUCUCUCUGGGGUCCCGAGGCAGAGGGAGGAUGGACUAGCAGGGAAGAGCAGUCGCUACUCGAUGCUAUCGAGCAAUAUGGAUUUGGAAACUGGGAGGACAUGGCUGCUCACGUGGGAGCAUCCCGAACUCCUCAUGAAGUCAUGGAACACUAUGUCACUAUGUACAUCCACGGAAACCUGGGUAAGGCCUGCAUCCCUGACAGCAUUCCCAACCGGGUGACUGACCACACCUGCCCAAGCGGGGGGCCCCUGUCGCCCAGCCUCACCACCCCUCUCCCUCCACUGGAUAUCAGCCUCGCUGAGCAGCAGCAGCUGGGCUACAUGCCGCUACGUGACGACUAUGAGAUUGAAUAUGACCAGGAUGCGGAAAAGCUCAUCAGCGGGUUGUCUGUGAACUAUGACGACGAGGAUGUGGAAAUUGAAAUGAAACGUGCCCACGUGGACAUGUAUGUGCGCAAGCUCCGAGAACGCCAGCGACGUAAGAACAUUGCCCGAGACUACAACCUGGUGCUUGCAUUCCUGGGCCGAGACAAGAAAGACAAGGAAAAGGACAAACCAGGAGCGCUGGGAGUCUUAGGCACUGCUGGUGGUGUGGGUGGGGCUGGAGCUGGCAGUGGCAUCGUUGGAUCAGGUUCCACGACAGCAGCAGGAUCAGGUGCUGUUCCAAGUACACCCAAAAGAAAGAUCACCAAGGAAGAGAAGGAGCAGCGGGUCAGGCUGCGGGGGCUCUGCCAGUUCAUGGCCCAUCGGGAAUUUGAAGACUUUUUUGAGAACAUGCAUAAAGAGCGUGUGCUGAGGGCCAAGGUGCGUGAGCUGCAGCGCUACCGCCGCAAUGGCAUCACCCGCCUGGAAGAGUCUGCUGAAUAUGAAGCAGCACGACACAAACGGGAGAAACGCAAGGAGAACAAAAGUGUGGUCACCUCCAAACGGGGCAGCGGAGGAGGGGGCGGGCUUGGCUCUGGGAUGGGAGGAGGUGGUGGAUCUGGAGGGGGAGGAGGCGUUGCUGGAGGGUUGGGGGUUGGAGGUGGGAUCAAAGAAGAGAGCAAAGAUGGUGAGUUUGCCGCCAUCGAGAAUCUGAUGGGCUUUGAGCUGCUGUCAGACAGGGAGAAGGUGCUGUGUAACUCUCUGAACCUCAGCCCAGCACGCUACCUGACUGUCAAAACCAUCAUCAUCAAAGAUCACCUGCAGAAAAGGCAGGGCAUCCCGGCCAAGAGCCGGCUGCCCAGCUACCUAGACAAGGUCCUCAAGAAGCGCAUUCUUACCUUCCUCACAGAAAGUGGCUGGAUAUCCCGAGACGCCUCUUAGCGAUCCAUCUUUGGUCAGGAAGUAAUUAAGUUGAUAAUAAGUAAGUUGGUGAUCGCUAAUAGCUGAUUUGCUAUAAGCUCCGUAGGCAGUAGGGCAAAACUACUAGUUCAAAGGUGACCUUGUGAAAUAUGUACAUUGCAAAGAAAGAAGACUGACCUGUUGGAAAAUAGUUUAUUUUCAUACCAGGGUUAGGAACAAAAAUAAGCCUAUAUUUUUACAUUUGGAAAGGGACAAGGGUGAAAAACAACUCUGUGGGUUCAAAGAACUUUGUAUCUAUAUUGUUACUACAUGAUGAUAACUACAAUGCGAACAAGUAUUACAUAGUUGCAGAGAGAUUUUAGUGUUAUUGCAACAGGUUAAUUGAAGAUGUCUAUGGAGAAAUACUAUUUUAAAUCCAGACAGAAACAAGGCAAAAGCCAUUUCAUGCUGAAAGGAAGGGGAAAUAAGAACAUUACAUUUCCUGGAAAUGUUUAAGAGUAGUAUUUUUUUGGGUGAAUGCUUGACAGCAUGGCACUGAUGGGUGACAGAAAUGAUCAUUGUUGUGGUUGUAGAUGUUUUUAAGGAUUUCUCAAACUCAAAACCUAAUGUGGUCAACUUUGUUAGGUGUUUCAUCAGUUAAAGCUGGAUUUAGUAGCCAGCAAGAGCUAGCUAUUUGAAUAUUCUAACAUUUUAAAGCUUUCAUUUCCUGGAAAUUGUCAUGCACCAUCAGUAAACUCUGAAUUCUGUGACCUAUUUUUUCCUUCUUACUGCCUACAAGGGAAGGAAAAGAAGAAGGCAGCAGGGUUCAAGCAUCUUCUUGCUUUCUCUGGACUGAGCACUUCCUGCUGCCUGAAGGCAAUUUCUACCAGAGUCCGACAGAAAUGUAUAGGUUGACAUAGAGCGAGACCGAUAAAUCAGCCAGGCAGAUAUAUUUGCUGAUGUUAGCUUAUCACUGAUAUAUCAGUAUUGGCACAUAUUUUGGCCAAUAAGUAAAAAGAAAUGUCGGUACAGAAAUGCCAAAGAAUAUGUUAAGAGAUCAUUUAAAAUAAGUGUUUCCAUUACAUUGUCUGUCCACCAGAGAGCGCUGGCAAACCAGAUGCUACCUGCCCCUUUUGGCAGCUUAUCAUUUUUCGUUACUUAUCGUUUUUCAAAGGUAACUUCACUUUGUCUUGAAGGCUGAAAUAUAACAGCAGCACUGAUCACUCCUUCUCAUUUUCUUGCUUUUUCUGCAAGCCAAGCUGAGCAGUGGCCAUCGGAUUAUUUAUAUGUAAAUUAAGUUAUUGAAUUGGCUGUCAUUUCACGGCAGGAGCUCUACAAUCACAGAGAAGAAAGGCAUGUGAAUGUGUGGAUGUUACCAAAGUGGAAUAUGUACUUGAUUCAUAUUCUUUUCCUCUUCAUUGCAUCUAUAAGUGUUGAAAAUUGGCCUUUUUGGGGGGGAAAUGCAAGUCAUAAGUGGCACUGGUUGUGCAGUGGUAGGCGUUGCCUUAAAAGUAGAGCUUUGCCCCUUUUUUGUGGUCAUCGAAGAGGAAUGGCCUCCUCUUCAUUGUAGAUUGUGGAUCAACUGUGGAGGGUGUAAAUGUUCUGUUAUGGUCAAAAUCAGUCUUUCUUAGUUAUAUUUCAUCAACGUGGUGCUCCAAGCCAUGUACCAUUCUAGUCAAACACUACAGCUGAUUUAAAGGAUAACUGGCUAUAUUCUAUAAUUCUCUUAUUGUCAAGAAAAUCCCAUCAAAAGACCAAAACCAACAAUGAAUUGAUUUUACUAUAAAAUAUUGUCUGGUUAUCCAGAGCCUGAUAUCUAGUAUUCUUCUGUGCCAUAGAGCUCUGUUGUUGUCUAAAAACUAUUAAAAACACUGUUGCACUGGGUGACAUGUUACUUCAAUACCAUGAACACAUGUAGUUUAUUUUGACUCAAUCCCAGAUACACCACCCUGCUCGCUAGAGCACCAAAUGUGGAUUAAUCUGUGGCUGAAAAUAGUCCCUAACAAAUGCACUUUUUCCUCCUGUUUGAGUAAUGUUUGGUUAAAAACUACAGUGACCAGCUGUUUUAGGAAAUUAAUGAGCCUUUUUAAAAAUAUAACUAUAUAUUUUUAAAAAAUAAGUAUAUAACUAUAUAUUCAUUCUAUAUACUAUACUAUAUAUUCAUUCAUUCAAAAUAUAACUAUUUAUUCAUUCUUCUAGAUUUACGUCUUCCAUAGGAACCAAUGGGCUUGGGGCCACAGACAGAGAGGGGAAGUUGGAAAGUAUUAGGAGGUGGACUAACUUUUCUUUUCAUGGGAUUUGUUGACAAUAAGAAAAAUAUUUAAUAUUACCAGCCUUAUCUUUUAGUACCCCUUCAUCUAAGUGUUUUUCAGUGAAUUCAGCUUUUGUUUUGUUUCUUGACUCUAGGCCUUAGUGAUACAUGAUUUAGAGAACUGCUGACCUAAAUUAUGUGGAAAACAUUUAUGAUCAUCUUUCCAACAUUUAUAGUGCAUCACCUCCAGUACAUAGAUUAGUUUCUAUGAGCAUCUUAUUGGUAUUGUAAAAUAGAUAAGCAUUUUUCAGGUCAACAGUCAGCUCAGAAGGCCAAAAUGCCAUCAGAACCAGAAUGGGGUAGAAAGGCAUCGCUAAUUUCCAGGCUACAGACCAAACAGCGAUGACAUAGAACUUUCAGUUGAAUUUGAUGGUUCUCCUUUGUUUGAAUAUCACCUUUUGUUUAUUCCUUUAGAUAGAUAUGGAUUGUGAUUUCUUUUUCAAGGAUUUAUUUCAGAUUUUGUGGCGUCAUUAUUAAAUACAUUGUUUCAAAAUGUUGUGUUUCGGUGUAAAUGUCUCAAAGGAAAAUAUGCCAAUUGUUUUGUUUUUUUUCCCAGUGGGGGGGUGGGGUGUUUUUUGUAAGGGGGAUUUUGUUUACUUUAUAUCACCAAAUGUAAAUAAUUUUGUAAGAUAAAUUGGAAAAAAAACUAUAAUUACUGACUUGUGAAAUGUACAGUAUUUUGUGUCAUGGAAAUUUUUAUAGCUUUUGUAAUAAAAGAAACUGAUUUUGGAUUACAAAGAAGCAUUUUCUGAAGAUUUGGGUGUAGUGAUGGCAUGCUGUCUUUAAUCUUGUUACUGGUCUGAUUCUGUUGAGCUGUUUUGUUGUCCCGAUACUUUGUUGUUGCACAUGACAAGGUAUGUAUCGAGAUGUAUUAAAAGUGCAAAUACGUUA